AUGUGCUGUGUCUGGGGAGUUUUAAACUCUAUUUCAACCAAUUGUACCUCAGAGAAGGGGCUCCUGAAAUAAUUCACAUACUUUCAAGCCCCAAGUUGGAAUCAUAAUUUUAUGGGGAACUGAAGCGGCAAUGCUGCUCACCACUUACAAAAUCCGUAAAAAUCAUCAGUAUUUAAUCUUCAAGAUGCCGUCCGUUCUGCUGUACCACUUCCCUCCAUCCGCUCCUUCUCGAUUUGCGCUGAUGACCAUGAGGACGCUUGGUAUCGAUGUCGAAAUUAAGAAUCUUAAUCUUCUGCAAAAAGAGCAGUUCAACGAGGAAUUUUUGAAGAUUAAUCCUCAACAUUGUGUGCCGACGAUAGAUGAUGAUGGCUUCUACUUAUGGGACAGUCAUGCAAUUGCCACAUACCUGGUUGGCAAAUAUGGCCAGGAUUCAGGUCUUUAUUCUGAAGAUUUAAAAGAGAGAGCUAAAGUUGACUCCAUGUUGUAUUUUGAAGCAACUGUUUUGUUUGCUAGGCUCCGAGCUCUGUGUGUGCCUUUCAUAUUCGGUUCUGCUUCAUCAGUCCCAGAAGACCUCAAACUAAAUGUUAAAGAUGCUUUCAACACACUCAACACUUUGUUAAACGGUAAAACCUGGUUGGUGGGCGAAAGGCUGACUGUGGCAGACAUUGCAAAUGCAGCAGCCGUCUCAAAUGCCGUUGUUGUUGGAUAUAAUCUGAGCCAACACCCUAAUGUGGAUCCUUGGUAUAAACGCUGUCAAACUUCAAUCAAAGGCUUCGAGGAAAAUUUAAAAGGAGCGGAUGACUUUGUGGCUCUGAUCAAGAAGAAUUACUCUGCACCUCUAUUCCCAUAAUUCUUUGUGACUGUAAAAUAAAAAUUAAUUUUUAUUCCCAAUGAAAA